CCUGACCCCGAGCAGCCCGCGGGCCGCGGCGCGCAGGGCCAGGGCGAGGUCACCGAGCAGCUGGCGCACCUGGUACGGGCCCUGUGGACCCUGGAGUACACCCCGCAGCACAGCCGCGACUUCAAGAGUAUUGUGUCAAAGAAUGCACUGCAAUAUCGGGGAAAUUCCCAGCACGAUGCCCAGGAGUUUCUGCUGUGGCUUUUGGACCGAGUUCAUGAAGACCUCAAUCAUGCUGUGAAGCAGAGCGGCCAGCCUCCUCUGAAGCCACCAUCAGAGACUGAUUUGAUGCCUGAGGGACCAUCUUUUCCUGUCUGUAGCACUUUUGUUCAAGAACUUUUUCAAGCCCAGUACAGAUCUUCUCUGACGUGUCCUCACUGUCAGAAGCAGAGCAACACUUUUGAUCCUUUCCUCUGCAUUUCUUUGCCAAUUCCUCUACCCCACACAAGGCCUCUCUAUGUCACUGUAGUGUAUGAAGGGAAAUGUUCCCACUGCAUGCGGAUUGGCGUGGCCGUGCCUCUGUCUGGGACUGUCGCCAGACUCCGGGAAGCAGUGUCUAUGGAAACAAAGAUCCCCACUGAUCAGAUUGUGUUAACAGAAAUGUACUAUGAUGGGUUCCAUCGUUCCUUUUGUGACACAGACGACCUGGAAACAGUCCAUGAAAGCGACUGCAUUUUUGCCUUUGAGACUCCAGAAAUAUUUAGGCCUGAAGGAAUUCUCAGUCAAAGAGGAAUCCAUUUAAACAACAACCUAAACCACUUGAAAUUUGGCUUGGAUCAUCAUAGACUGUCUUCUCCAACACAAGCAGCCGCAAAGCAAGGAAAAGUGGACCUGCGCCCUGCAAAACCAGGGAGUGACAAGAUUGUUCUGUUAGUGUGUAACCGAGCCUGCACUGGGCAGCAAGGGAAAAGAUUUGGACUGCCCUUUGUGCUGCACUUAGAGAAGACAAUAGCAUGGGACCUUCUACAGAAGGAAAUCUUGGAGAAGAUGAAGUAUUUCUUGAGGCCCACGGUUUGCAUUCAGGUGUGUCCAUUCAGUUUGCGCGUGGUCAGUGUUGUGGGAAUAACAUACUUGCUGCCCCAGGAGGAGCAGCCCCUGUGCCACCCAACAGUAGAAAGGGCACUAAAAUCUUGUGGACCAGGUGGCACUGCUCAUGUGAAAUUAGUGGUAGAAUGGGACAAGGAGACAAAAGAUUUGUUGGCGCUUAACAGAGGUCGUGCUCCUUGUUUUCAGCUUGCCCCGGAUGACGCCUGGCGUUGCCCGCACUGCAAGCAGCUGCAGCAGGGGAGCAUCACACUCAGCCUCUGGACCCUGCCCGAUGUGCUUAUCGUGCACCUGAAGAGAUUUCGCCAGGAAGGAGACAGGCGUAUGAAACUUCAGAACAUGGUCAAGUUCCCUUUGACUGGCCUGGACAUGACACCUCAUGUAGUUAAGAGAAGCCAGAGCAGCUGGAGCUUGCCAUCCCAUUGGUCUCCGUGGAGACGGCCCUACGGACUCGGGAGGGACCCUGAGGACUACAUCUAUGACCUGUAUGCUGUGUGCAAUCAUCACGGCACCAUGCAAGGGGGGCACUACACAGCGUUCUGUAAGAACUCGGUGGACGGGCUCUGGUACUGCUUCGAUGACAGUGAGGUGCAGCAGCUGUCGGAAGAUGAGGUCUGCACGCAGACGGCCUACAUCCUCUUCUACCAGAGGCGGACAGCCAUUCCGUCGUGGUCGGCCAACAGCUCGGUGGCAGGCUCCACCAGUUCCUCCCUGUGUGAACACUGGGUGAGCCGGCUCCCGGGCAGCAAGCAAGCCAGCGUGACCUCUGCAGCCUCCUCCAGACGCACCUCCCUGGCCUCGCUGUCCGAGUCGGUGGAGAUGACGGGGGAAAGGAGUGAAGAUGAUGGAGGUUUCUCUACUCGCCCCUUCGUGAGAAGCGUCCAGCGCCAGAGCUUGUCGUCCAGAUCUUCCGUCACCAGCCCCUUGGCGGUCAACGAAAACUGCAUCAGACCCUCCUGGUCCCUGUCAGCCAAGCUGCAGAUGCGCUCCAGUUCCCCUUCCCGCUUCUCAGGGGACUCUCCGAUUCACACCUCCGCCUCCACCUUGGAGAAGAUCGGGGAGGCAGCGGACGACAAGGUCUCCAUCUCUUGCUUUGGGAGCUUGAGGAACCUUUCUAGCUUUUACCAGGACUCAAGCGAUAGUCACAGUCGACGGGACCACAAGGCUGUGGGUCGGGCGCCUCUGGCUGUCAUGGAAGGUGUGUUCAAAGAUGAGUCAGACGCCCGCAGGUUGAACUCCAGUGUUGUAGACACACAGAGCAAGAGCUCAGCACAAGGGGAUCACUUGCCUCCUGUCUCUGAUCCGUUUGAUAACAAUAACCAGAUUGCUUAUGUGGAUCAGAGCGAUUCUGUAGACAGCUCUCCCGUCAAAGAGGCGAAACCCCCGAGCCAGCCCGGCUCACUCGCAAAGAAACCCGAGAGCACAGCCAAGAGAUCGCCCAGCUCCAAAGGCGCUUCUGAGGCAGAAAGAAGCUUGCGGAAGGGGAGGCCAGUCUUGGCAAGCCAGGAAUCAUCUCUUUCCAGUACGUCUCCUUCUUCUCCUGUUCCUGUCAAAGUUUCCACAAAGCCCUCCCGCUCCCGAAGCAAAGCAGAUUCUUCUUCCCGGGCCAGUGGACGGCAUUCCUCCCCUGCCCCUGCCCCAAAAAAGGAAUCCUCCCCCAAACCCCAGGACUUCGUGUCAUCCCCAUCGCUCCAGAAGCAGAAGUCGGCAUCUUCCCUCGCUCACGCUGCUUCCUCCACAUCUGCCAAAAAAGCCUCAGGCCCAGCCCUAAGGGGCCCCUUCCCUCCAGGAAAGAGCAGGACUUCUGACAGGAGCUUGAGUAGAGAGGGCUCCAGACAAAGCCUGGUUUCCGACAGAGCCAGCGUCACCUCCAGCUCCAAACCCAAUUCUCCUCGCGUGAGCCAGGCCAGAGCCGGGGACGGCAGGGGGGACGGCAGGCACGUGCGGAGCUCCUCCAUGGCCAGCCUGCGCUCCCCCAGCAUGAGCGUGAAGGCCGGCCUGAAGAGGGACAGCAAGUCUGAAGACAAGGGGCUGUCCUUCUUCAAGUCAGCCCUGAGGCAGAAGGAAACCCGGCGGUCGACGGAUCUUGGCAAGACAACCUUGCUGUCCAAGAAGGCUGGCGGGAGCGCCGUCAAGGCGGUCUGUAAGAGCAGCGCAGGUGACAAGGCUGAGAAAGGCUGCCAGCCGCCAGGUUCGCAGCAGCCAAAUGCCGGUGCAGUCGGAAAGGAGCAGCUUAUCUCCAAGGACCCUGCUUCUGCUAAACAUUCCCUGCUGUCCGCUCGCAGAUCCAAGUCUUCCCAGCUGGAUUCCGGAGUGCCCUCGUCUCCUGGUGGCAGGCAGUCUGCUGAGAAACCCUCAAAAAAGUUACCUUCUAGCAUGCAAACCUCUGCACGGCCUUCUCAGAAACCUCAGUGAUACUUCUGCAGUCCAAGUGUUUUAUCUGUAAAGAUGUUUAUUUAUUUAGAACCCCUUCCCUCCCACCAAAGCCCUCUAUGCUUCUGUUUUGUAUUUUUGGGGUCACGUGCCUGACUGUGUGUGUGCGCG